AUGUCCGAUGAGCCUACCGAUCCCACGGCCAAUGAAGCGAAUGAUUCUGAGCAACAGGACUCCGAUCUAAAUGACCCCACCGACACCGAAGAGGACGAAAUCGCCCUCCCGGAUGAUCUCAACCAGUUAAUCCAGGGGUUCCUAUCCUCAAUCACUGCAGACGGCAACCUUACCCAGUCUUUCGCUCCUUAUCGCCCUCCCCCACCGGUAGUAGCCUCCAGUGACCGAGCCCUCCAAAAUUAUCUAUUUCAAAUGCAGCUUGUGGCGGGCAUUCCACCGCACCAAAUUGUGCCGAUGCUAUCAGCCCCGCCAUCUCGACGUGGCAUGGGCCCCGUUGCGUUGCUCUUCCGCGACGAUGGUUGCAGAAUUCCUAUCAUCCCACGGGUAAGUUUCCGUGGUACCUUGAUGCCGCUUUUCUACCAAGGACAUGAUCCAGCGAGAACUGGAAGUUCGACUGACGGGGAUAUUGAUGGGACUACCAUGGGUUCACCCAGCUCAGAUAGUUCAGGAAGCUUUGAAAUUCCCCAGGUCUCUGACGACAUCGAAGUCUACAUGGAUUCGGACGCACAGGAAGAGGUGGAUACACAGGAAGACGAGGACACAGAGGAAGACGUGAACACACAGGAAGACGUGGACAUGCAGGAAGAGAUGGAUACGCAGGAGGAUGGAAACCAGCAACGCUAA